AUACAAACAAGCCCUAAACUUUGUGGGUGAAUAUUGCAAUUCGCAAAAGUUCGGAAUAUCUGCAAGCGGCGUAACCCUCUCAUUUUUUGCUUUCUUCUCCCACUUCACCCGCAGUCGCCGACGCUGAUCCAUCGUCUUCUUCUUUAAACACAAGACGGGAAGAGGGACGAUGGGUACUGAAAAUUGCUUUGAAUCUUCGCCAGAGAUGGAGAAACUUCUAUGCGAAAAGCUCCUCGAUCAGCAGCAGCCCAUCUCCGAGCGCUUCAGAUCCCUCUUCUCUCUCCGCAAUCUCCGCGGUCCUGCCCCUCGCCGAGCCCUAAUGAUCGCUACUAGAGAUCCUUCAAAUUUGCUUGCGCAUGAGGCAGCAUUUGCACUCGGUCAAAUGCAGGAUGCUGAAGCUAUUCCUGUUUUAGAGGGGAUUCUCAAAGACAUGUCAUUACAUCCCAUUGUCCGUCAUGAGGCAGCUGAAGCCCUUGGAGCAAUUGGUUCGGAGGCUAUUAUUCCUCUACUGGAACAAAGUUUGGUAUCCGACCCUGCUGAGGAGGUGCAAGAAACAUGCGAAUUAGCUCUUAGGCGUAUCAAGGAACAAAAGAAUUCUAACAAUGGCGAUGGUGCAUCUCCAUUGGAGGCUUCACCAUUCCUAUCUGUUGAUCCAGCUAUGCCUGCUCCGAGUUGCUCUUCAGUUGAUCAACUAAGGGAAGUUCUCUUGAACGAAGAAGAGGGCAUGUAUGAGAGGUAUGCAGCUCUGUUUGCACUCCGGAAUCAUGGAGAAGAAGCAGCUGUGAAUGCUAUAGUCGCAUCAUUAGGUUCUAGAAGUGCUCUCUUGCGUCAUGAGGUAGCCUAUGUCUUAGGUCAGUUGCAAAACAAAGCUGCUGCUUCUGCACUGUCUGCGAUCCUCAGAGACGUGAAGGAGCAUCCCAUGGUUCGUCAUGAAGCUGCUGAAGCCCUUGGUUCAAUUGCAGAUGGGGACAGUGUUGCACUUCUAACAGAAUUUGCAAAGGACCCUGAACCAAUAGUCUCUCAGAGCUGCGAAGUUGCUCUCAGCAUGCUGGAAUUUGAAAGAUCUGGCAAGUCAUUCGAGUAUCUUUUCUUGCAGUCUCCACAAGUUCUAUAGUCCAACCGUACGAUUAAAUACAAAAUCCCAGUCUUGGGCAGAAAUAUUUGGCUGUGUGAAUCAUCAAGAGGUUCAUUCUCCAUUUGGACCCUGAACUAUUUACUUUAAGGGUGUGCUCGCAAGAAAUAAUCGUUGUGAUUUGAUUUUUACCUCAGUGUUGCUGUUAUCUAUACUAUUGAAAGUCUUACUAUGGACUAUUGGCUUGAUUUCUGUUCUCAGGAUUCUUUGAGAUCACAAUGCCAUUGAUAACCUGAACUGUUGCUGAUUUCUGUUUAAGUCCGGUUUGCUUCUUGGUAUCUCUGUGAUUAUGAAUGUUUAAUAGAUUGAUGUUUCCUGAAAAACACAUGAUUGAUAAAGUAUGUGAACUGUGAUUAGCA